CGCACUCCCGGGAAACCUACCACGGCGUCCGAUACUACCCGUCGCCGGCGGCGGGGAGUCCAGCAGGAUCUACGAGACUGAAGCGUCUCUCCGUCACUCACUUCUCCUGUUACCGCCUCAUCGCCAUCCACGCUACGCGGGCUCUCCCGGCUCCAAUCCCCCACCGCCGCUCUUCCUCCUUUCCCGGAGCUUCCUGGUUCGGCCCUACACCGUUCCCCGCGGCCCCGCCUUCCCCUAAGGCCCUAACCCGAGGCCGGUGGCGCCCCACGGCCUAGUCGGCUAGUCCCAGCAAGCCAGCGUCCGAUCCCACCCGUCUCGGGCGGCGGGGAGCAAGCGCACUGCAGCUCCAAUUCGGUUGCGACUUCUUUCAAGCUGAUAGUGUGCUCUUAUGGCUAAUUUUGGAGGCAGUGGAGGCGACCUGGAACGAAUCAUCCAUGGUCGCCAGAUUGUCUUCGCGGCAAGAAGCAAAUAUGAUGCAAAAAUGUGGACCUGUGGCUGUGGGUGGGAGAAUUUUCCUACAAGAUAUCUUUUGUUCGAUCUUCCUGCUUGGAGAUGCCGCAUUUGUUUAGCACCUUUCACAGGAAAUGUUGAUUUUUCUAUGGCUGACAUUAAGGUGAAUGGAAUUCCAUUGAUUCAGAUGAUUAAGGAUCAAAGAACUGAGCCUGAAUGCAUUGCUUUUGCAAUUGCUCACUUAAUUGAGAUAAUUCAUCGCCUCGAGUGCAUUCUCAAGAAAGAGUACCUAGGCAUUUGGAAUUCUACCUUAGAUACUAGACCUCUGGUUGAGAUAUACAAAUAUGAGUGUCCCAUGAUGUCUGAAGAAUUCCCGCCUUACUACAAUGUUGGCUUGCAUAAAUUACUAUACCUGUGUCAACAUAUUAGGAAUCAAGGCAUCUCAUUCAAGACUGGCAAGCACUAUAGGAUUGAGAAAAUGUCCACUAUAUAUAUUGGUGACUAUGAGUGGAUGUGCGAGGAGAUUGCAGAUGGAAAUCCACUUCUCGUCAACUUCAUUCCUGGACAGCAAUUUGGAGGUUUAGAGUACUGCAGAAUCUACAAGUCUAUUGGUCCUGCCAAGAUGGCUGUAGAUGCUAGCGGGGACUACACUGGUCAUCUGGCUGUUUUGGUGGGAGGCAUAUCCAAUGGUACUGAGAAAGGUUUCUGGGUUCUCAAUUCGCACUCUGAGUUAUGGUGUCCUAGAUUCACUCCGCCAAGUAUUCCAAGAAGUAUAUGGAAUGCUGUCUCAGAUCUCACACGGUUUUUCCAACAAGAAUCAAGGGCUGGCAGAGGUGGCAUUUUCAAGCUAAACAGUGACAAUAUAGUAUGGAAUGCCAUAAAAUUCUCUAGAAGUGACGAUGCAGAACCUGUGGGUAGUAUGAUCAGAAAUGAGGAUCUGUAUACCAAGGCUGCAAGUGGCAGCGGUGAAUGUGAUGCAGCUUCAGUCUCGCCUUUUCUUUACGAUGUCGUUGUUGGCUCACACUUCAAUAGAAGAUUGAGGGCUGAUCAAAAGGAAGAAGAGACAUUGAGUCUAUUCGAUCAUCUUCCGUUUAUCGACUUCCCUGCAAUGCCUUCACCACCCUGUUUUUCUCGUCGUAUCCAGGCCAAAAAGAUACUUGAGACUUUUCACUCUCUGCCCUUCUCUUUCUACACUUCAUCACCUUCCGAGGAAGAAACAUUGAGUCUGUUCAAUAAUCUUCCAUUUAGCAACUUCCCUACAAUGCCUUCUCCACCCUGUUCUUCUCGUCGUAUCGAGGCUAAAAAGAUACUUGAGACAUUUCAGUCUCUCCCCUUCUCUUUCCACACUACAUCACCUUCCGUAAUGGCUUCUCUGCAAUGACUACAUCCUAUUUUUCCUGCUGUACCGAGCUUCCACGUGCUACGGAUAGUACCCAACAAAACAAUAAACAUUAAGAGAAAGCGAUUAAUUUCCCUUUGCUGAAAACUCAAUCAUCAACUCUUUCUGAUACCCCAAGGGACAGCUUUAAGAAAAGUGAUAGUUUUUUCUGAAUGGAUGAGCAAAGAACUUGCUGAAGUAGAUGGUUCCCAAAUAAAGUCCAGUUGUAGAUUGUAUUUGAACAGCGCAGAUUCUGACAAUAUCAUUGGAGCACUGAUUUAAACAAAAAAAUAAGUUCAUUGAUGAUGAACAAUGAUUCGUGGUCUGAGUUACUAAAAUUGGCUGAUGAUAAUGUGGAUUAGUUUCUUGAAAAUUGUAUCAAAGACAAGCUGCAUAUCUAGCUUCUCGAUAAAGCAGGAGAUGGUGGCAAAGGUCCCAGUGUGUUAGAUGAGGACAGAAAGCGUGUUUUUCAUUUGGCGGCUGCUCUGGAAUAUGAUUGGGCAAUACUGGCAGCAGUAACUGGUGUUGUAAUUAGCUUUGGCAGAUACAAGAGGCCUGAUUUCACUUCGGGAAGCACACCAGCUGAUCUUGCAUCAUUUAAUGGGUAUAAGGGAGUUUCUGGUUUCCUGCCGAGUUUUCCUUAACAAGCCAUCUCCAGACCCUCAAUCUAAAGAAAGCCAUGGGAAGCAAUGUAUCAAAAAUAUCUGUCUACCUGGUAUCAGAGAUGUUACGAAGGAGUGUCUCACCAUUGGCAGAUGAAGCUCUUUAAGCUGGAUCAAUGGGAGAUUCACUAGGUACUGCGUGGAACGCUGCCCAAGCUGCUGCUCGCAUAAGCUGCUUGCUAGAGAAUCGUGGACAGUGUAUGCCAUUCCAGAGUAGAAGCAUGGACAGCAGUAAAAUGUGUGCAAGGACUUGGGUCCUGGGUUGCCACUCAUGAAGCCAGAAUGUUACCACUACUUUGGACCAUUGCUGAAUGAGGACAAGGAGGAGCAGCUAACAACAGAGGAUCAGAAGGAGAGGAAAAUCAUGAAACUCCUGCUCAAGGUUAAUAACGGCACAUCCUGCAGCGAAAGGCAGCACUUCUGCAGCUCACAAACAAAGCUCAAGGUUAAGAAUUUGGUGCCGGUCUUCUCUCCUCUGUUCAACAAAAUCUUGCCAUUGCUCAUGCACUUGAGCACUAGUAGCGGCAUCUCCUGGUGAAGAUCAUUGAUAGGGUGCUGUAUAAACAGGAUGAGCUGGUUCCUCCAUUUGUGCACAAUAUUCUGAUAGUUACCAAACCGGCAGGGAGAUUAUCUCAAAUCUAAGGCAAAGCUGCUGGUCCUGCUACAAUGAUUGCCGCCAUGAGAUGGAUAUUGGUAACAGUGAUGAGUAUGUGAGGAAUACAACUGCUAGGGCAUUCAGUGUGGUGGCUUCUGCUUUGGGCAUCCCUGCCCUCCUCCCAUUUUUGACGGCUGUCUGUCAGAGUAAGAAGUCCUGGUAAGCUCGGCACACUGUUAUCAAGAUUGUUCAACAGAUUGCUAUUCUCAUGGGCUGUGUUGUUCUACCUCACCAUAAGAACCUAGUUGGGAUCAUUGAGCAUGGUAUAAGUGAUGAGAACCAGAAAGUAUGGACAAUCACCCUAUGGUAUAGGAAGUUUUGGUAGCGUGUUGAAGCCUCUCUGGAAGGUUUUCAGAUCUCACUGCGGAAAGGUCCUUGCUGCCUUCUUUAAGGCUAUUGGCUUCAUCAUCUCUCCUAUGGAUGCUCUGUAUUCCAGUUACGAAAUGAAGGAGGUGAUGCAAGUCCUGAUUCGGGAAUUCCGAUCACCAGAUGAAGAGACAAAGAAGAUUGUCCUUAAUGCUGUUAAACAGUGUCAGUACAGAGGGUGUAAGGCUUAUUAUAUCCAUAGUGACAUCCUUCCAGAACUCUUCAAACACUUCUGGGUUAGGCGAAUGGCUCUAGAUCGUAGGAAGCAACUUGUGCAAACAACUGUAGAGAUGGCAAAUAAGGUGGCAGUUACUGGUAUCGUUGAUAAGAUUGUCGAGGAUCUAAAAGAUGAAAGUGAGCCUUACAGUAGAAUGGUGAUGGAAUUAAUUUAGAAGUUGGUGGCUAAUUUGGGUGCCUAAGAUAUUGAUCCUCGUCUAGAGGAGCUGCUUAUUGAUGACAUCCUUUAUGCUUUCCGAAAGCAGACAAGUGAUGAUGCAAAUGUCAUGCUUAAUGGUUUUGGAGAUUUUGUAAAUGCACUUGUCCAGAGGGUCAAGCCUUACCUUCCUCAUGUAUGUGGUAUCAUCAAGUGGCGGUUGAACAACAAGAGUGCAAAAGUUAGCCAGCAGGCUGCUGAUUUGAUCUCAAGGAUAGUCAUUGUGAUGAAGCAGGCAAGGAGGAGCAGCUUAUUGGUCACUUUGGUGUUGUGCUGUAUGAGUGCUUGGGAGAGGAGUAUCCUGAGGUGGAGUUCUAUUCUCAGAGCUUUGAAAGCUAUCCUGAGGUGCUGAGUUCAAUUCUCGGAGCUUUGAAAGCUAUUGUGAAUGUUAUUGCCAUGGGCAAUAUGACACCGCAUAUCAAAGAUCUUCCUCGGCUAACCCCCACCUUGAAGAAUAGACACAAGAAGGUCCAACAGAACUGCAUUGAUCUAGUUGGUAGGAUUGCUGAGCGUAGAGCAGAGUUACCAGCUAGGAGUGGACGGGAUUUGUUUUGAGCUGCUGCAAUGUUGAAGGCACGCAAGGAGGGCUGUGAACACAUUUGGUUAUGUUACGAAGGCAAUUGGGGUGCAGGAUGUGUUGACCACUCUGUUGAAUAACUUGAAGGUGCAGGAGUGGCAGAACCGUGUUCACACCACUGUAGCAACUGCUAUUGUUGCUGAAACUUGCUUGCCUUUUACAGUUUUGCCUGCCCUCAUGAAUGAGUACCGGGUUCUAGAGCUCAAUGUCCAGAAUGGUGUUUUGGAAUCUCUCUCAUUCCUCUUUGAGUAUAUUGAUGAGAUGCGCGAAGAUUCCCUCUUCACAGGCAGACUGCUGCAUCUACUGUUAAACAUAUGACUCUAGGAGUUUCGCUUGGGCUGCGAGGAUGCUCUUGUCUAUUUGCUUAACUAUGUCUGGCCCAAUAUAUUUGAGACCUCUCCCCAUGUCAUAAAUUCUGUCAUGGAGGCUAUUGAGGGGAUGAGAGUUGCUCUAGGUGCAGCUGUGGUUCUAAAUUAUUGUCUCCAAGGCCUUUCCCAUCCAGCAAGGACGUGAAGUAUAUUGGAAGAUCUACAACUCGCUAUAUAUUGGUGCACAAGAUGCACUUGUUGCUUCUUAUCCCGCGCUAGGUGAUGACACAUGUUGAUCACAAGAAACUUAAUGAGUAUCUUCAUGAUAACAAAAGUGGGAGAGCGUAUGGGCCCGUUAAGGCUGUUUUGCAUACCGUUGAGUUUCAAAAAGGGGGUCUUCCGCACGUGCACGCUCAUUUGGUUGGACCGAGAAAAAAACAACACGGCAGGGCUGCUGUUGGGAGGCCAUUGAUGAACCUGCUGCAAUACCACCGUCCAGGACACGAUUGACCAUGUGAAGGCAGCAUGGAACAAUGUCUCUUUUGCCUACAGAGAUUGCUCGUUUUGCCAGUCAGAAAUAUUGCCUUAUUGUUUCUAUAUCAUCAAAUGAGCGCAGCUAAGGCUUGUAAGUGUGUUCAAUCCUGUCAGCUUGGAAGGAAAGAAGUGACCUCUUCUCUUAUCUGGUGACGAGAGACUGAGGGGUUCGUGUCAAAGCCCUGAACCUGCACUGUCGUUAACUGAAGACAUUCAGCUGCUGUCAACAACGCUAUUCAUCUUCAGAGGAUGGACAGUCAGGAUCAGCGGAUACCCCUUUGCUAGCAUCGGGCGGCUACGCUCCAGUUUAGGUUUCAAACUGUUGCAGACUUGGAUUCUGCCCGAAUAAUUUGUAAUUUGAACCUAUGAAAUUCUCAGCUCUUCUGUUUAUUUAUUAAACCAGGGAGAGAGAGGGUGGUUGGGCGGUGCGAUAUGUGAAAACUCUGAUUUCCUUA